AUGGACCCGCUCUUUCUCAACCAGGCUGGGGAAGUCCUCGACUGGAAGAGGCUGGUCAACGACUCGUCCCUGUGGAACCUCAGCUUGGACAACUGGUUCCACAAUGGGACGGCCGACGGCUUCCUGCCCCUGGGCAUCAAGUUGACCAUCGUGGUGGUCUACUCUAUCGUCUGCAUCGUUGGGCUGGUGGGCAACGGUUUGGUCAUGUACGUCAUCAUCAGAUUCACCAAGAUGAAGACAGCGACCAACAUUUACAUCUUCAACUUGGCCUUGGCAGAUACUCUGUGCCUGAUGACGUUGCCGUUCCAAGGGACCGACACCUUCUUGGGGUCUUGGCCCUUUGGGAACGCUCUCUGCAAGAUCGCCAUCGCCAUCGACUACUACAACAUGUUCACCAGUACCUUCACCCUGACGAUGAUGAGCGUGGACCGAUACAUUGCCAUCUGCCACCCCAUCAAGGCACUGGACAUCCGGACCCCACACAAGGCCAAAGUAGUCAAUGUCUGCAUCUGGGCCUUGGCUUCAGUCUUUGGUAUCCCGGUGAUGGUGAUGGGAUCCACCGAGAAUGAAAAUGAUGAGAUUGACUGCCUGAUCAGGCUCCCAGAGCCAGUGGAUUAUUGGGAUCCGGUGUUUGGAAUCUGUAUAUUCCUCUUCUCCUUUAUGAUCCCUGUCAUGAUCAUCACUAUUUGCUACAGCCUCAUGAUCAGGCGCCUGAAGAACGUCCGCAUCCUCUCUGGAUCCAAAGAGAAGGACAGGAAUCUCCAGCGCAUCACUCGGAUGGUCCUCGUGGUGGUGGCCGUCUUCAUUAUCUGUUGGACCCCCGUUCAGAUCUUUGUCCUGGUUCGAUGUCUCGGCGCCAAGGCUGACAACGAGGUCAAGCUAGCCAUCUUGUGCUUCUGUACCGCGCUGGGAUAUGCCAAUAGCAGCUUGAACCCCGUCCUCUAUGCUUUCCUGGACGAGAACUUCAAGACGUGCUUCAAGAAGUUCUGCUUCCCGUCCGCCUUUAGGAAGGAGCUGCAGAUGUCCAACAGGAUGUGCAGCAUUGCCAAGGACGUCGCUUACGCCUGCAAGAAUUCAGACGGGACUAACAAUCCGGCAUGACUAGGCGUGGAAAUCCCCAUGGUGCCUGUCAGCCAGCAGAGCCCGACGACACCCACGUCGGAGCUAA